AUGGAUAAUAUAAAAUCGUGGACGGCUGAAGACGAGGCCAUCAUCGCAACGAACACGGAUGCAACCGAGUGCAAGCGGUGCGCAGUGGAGCUGGGUUACUGGAAGGAUGACUAUAUCUCGUUGUUCAUACGCCACGCCGAUCGUAAGGCGCCAGAGAUCAACCGCGGCUACUAUGCACGCGUGAGGGCCAUGGAGAUGUUCAUUCACCAGUUCCUGGAGAGAUGUGGUACAAAGUGUCAGAUCAUCAACCUGGGCUGUGGCUACGACACUCUGUACUGGCGCCUCAAGGACACUACACAAGCAGUCGGCAACUUUAUUGAAUUAGAUUUUCCUUCAGUUACAUCCAAAAAGUGUCACAUUAUCAAGAGGAAUAAAAAGCUGCUACAAAAAAUAACGAAUGAAGACGGGGAGGUGAUGAUCCGCGAGGGGGACCUGCACUCGGACGGGUACCACCUGCUGGGCUGCGACCUGCGCUGCCUGGCCGAGGUGCGGCGCAAGCUGGGCGCGGCGGGCGCGGACGCGCGCGUGCCCGCGCUGGUGCUGGCCGAGUGCGUGCUCGUGUACCUGCGCCCCGACGCGGCCGACGCGCUGCUGCGCCACCUGGCCGACACGUUCCCGCGCCUGGCGCUGGUGCAGUACGAGCAGUGCAACCUGGGCGACAAGUUCGGCGAGGUCAUGGUGCGCAACCUGGCGGCGCGCGGCUGCGUGCUGGUGGGCGAGCGCCUGUGCCGCGAGCCCGCCGCGCAGGCCGAGAGCCUGCUGGCGCUGGGCUUCCAGCACGCGCGCGCCUGGGACAUGGAGGCCGUGUGGCGCGCGCUGCCCGAAGACGACCGCGCGCGCGUCGAGGCGCUGGAGAUGCUGGACGAGCGGGAGCUGCUGCUGCAGCUCAACUCGCACUACGCGCUCACCGUGGCCUCGCGCGGGGACAUGUUCGCCGACAUGGACCUCAACGCGUAG